AUGGGCAAGUCGUCCAAAGAUAAGCGCGAUGCCUACUAUCGCCUGGCAAAAGAGCAAAAUUGGCGCGCCCGCUCCGCCUUCAAACUAAUUCAAAUCGACGAGCAAUUCGACCUUUUCGAAUACGAGAACCCUGACCGUGUGACGAGAGUCGUGGAUCUUUGCGCUGCGCCGGGUAGCUGGAGUCAGGUCCUCAGUCGCGUUUUGAUCAAAGGCGAAAGCUUCGGACGGCGAGCGUGGAUCGACAAGAAGCGAAGGGAGAAGGAGGUCUUGGACAAUGCCAAUAAUGCGACCACCACCAGUGACCAUGAACCCGAAAUUCCCUUUGGAGAGAGCGACCCAAGCUCUGAAUUGAAGCCUCGAAAGAAUGUCAAAAUUGUCUCAAUCGACCUGCAACCUAUGGCACCUCUCGAGGGAAUCACCACUCUCAAAGCCGAUAUCACCCACCCUUCUACCAUUCCCCUUCUUCUACGUGCGCUAGACCCGGAAGCCUACGAAUCUACUACAGCCUCCUCCGACUCCUCAUCACAAACACCCGUGGCAAUCAAGCAACCUCACCCAGUUGACUUGGUUAUUUCCGAUGGUGCACCAGACGUGACUGGUCUGCAUGACCUCGAUAUCUAUAUUCAAUCACAGUUGUUAUAUGCUGCCCUGAACCUUGCCAUGGGAGUCCUGCGCCCAGGCGGCAAAUUCGUUGCCAAGAUUUUCCGAGGUCGAGACGUUGACCUUCUCUAUGCCCAAUUGCGCACCGUCUUUGAGCGGGUCAGUGUUGCAAAACCACGUAGCAGUCGUGCCAGCAGUCUGGAGGCUUUCAUUGUGUGUGAGGGAUUCAUCCCUCCUGUCAAUGAGGAUGGCUUGGCUGGUAUGGCAGCUUUGAAGGACCCUCUGUUCGGCGGGGCUGCAACCCCCAAGCCUGUUUACGAGGAUGGAAACUUGGCCGUCGAAGUGCGUGAGGAGCUCGACGAAGACACCAAUGCGCGUCGAGCGGUGCCACAACCGUCCUCCACCCUGAACGUAUCAGUGCCUGGUCAUUCAAUUGAGGUGCGGCAUCUGCACACGUCUGCAUCGGGGGAUCAACCCCCUUCACAGAAGCUCCCUAGCAAAUUUGCGGUAGAGCACCGAUGGAUUCCCUCUUUCAUUGCCUGCGGUGAUCUCUCAGCUUGGGACUCGGAUGCAACUUAUGCUCUUCCACCAGACUACGUUGCCCUGGACCCGGUACAGCCACCUACGGCGCCUCCAUAUCGGAAAGCUUUGGAAUUGAGGAAACAAUUGGGAGGAGCUUAUGGAAAGACCAAAAUUAGGGUAACUGGACAAUCCUAA